GAAAAUUUGAUUAGACAAUAUUUGGCUCUUUUCAAAAUUUAAACCAAUCAAAAGAGUUAUUAUAUAAAUUUGUGGAGUAGACAAAAAUUAUGGAAAAAACUUAAAUUUCCCCAAGUCAUCCUAUUUUUAGCAAAAUCACGCAAAAAUGGAGGGUCGAGAGGACAUACUGGGGUUUAAACCACAAAAGGAGAUAGUUUACAACAAAUAUUUGCCAUAUUCGAGUGAUAUUGAUUCCGAAUCGAAUGAAGAAUUAGCUCAAAUAAAAGGGAAUUUGGCAAAAUCUGUCCAGCUGAGAGAUUUGAAGAUUGGAUGCAGCCAUUGGACAAAUCAGUUAAUGCGGUAUAUCCGGCUAUAUGGUAGAAAGUUCUCAAAGGAGGACCACAUCUGCUUUAUCAAACUGGCAUUUGAACUGAUUACCACUCCAAACCUUGAACCAUCCCUGAUUGUCAAGUUCAGCUCCUUGUUGGUUACAUUACUCAAGAAGAGGGAUUUGUUGUCAAGAGAUGAUUUGGUGUUACCAUGGAGACCUCUCUAUAAACUCUGUGAAGAGAUGUUGUACUCAAAGCAUGAAGAAUAUGGGCUUCUACUACUACCUGUGAAUGUUGAGACGACAAUGAAGAAUGUAAUAAAAGUUUGCCGAGUGUAUUUCUCAGUAGAGAGUACACAAGAAAUGUUGGAUGAGUGGCGCCCCCUAUUAUGCCCCUAUGAUAUUGUAAUGCUAAAAGGCAUGUUCUAUCUAGAAAUGUUCCUACCAACAAUGAUCCCUGUAGAGCACAAUGAUAAAGGCUACAAGUUAUGGUUCAAGGAGUUUGUUGAUCUAUGGGACUCCUGUCAGAAUGUUCCUUCAUGGGAAGCUAAUAUGGUUUCACUCUUUGCUCGGCUGGCUGUAGAAAAUAUAGGCCACAUAGACUGGGAGCCCCUAAUCCCAAAGAUCUUUACACGCCUGCUAAGGAGUCUGAAUCUCCCUGUUGGAAACAAAACAGUUCAAGUAAACCACCCCAACUCAGGGUAUGAGACACCAACGACAGCACCUUGGAUUAUUGCAAUGUUGGGUGGGGGAAGUUCCUGUCAAGAACAUGUUGAGAAACUAUUCAAAGCCCUAGAGACAUUCUACCAUCCUUCUAACCUUGGAAAAUGGCAUACAAAACUAGCUAAGCUGAUGUUGAGACUUCCCGUUCAGUUAUGCAAGCGUUUAAAUAGGGAGAGAUACAAAAAAGAAACAUGGCAGCCUAAAAUCCCAGAAUCCCACUUACUAACUGAUGAUGACGUCACACGGUUCGUGGAGUGCAUCAAGCCUGUUGUAUUCCUCGGAAUGUUUAGUAAACUUGGUAGCAGUGAUGCAUGUGUCACGUUCCAUCAUCUCGCAACGCUGAGGCCAGAGCUGAUUAUUCCACCGUUACUUGAGAAGAUGUACCCAGCCUUAGAGACACUGACAGAGCCCCACAGACUGACGGCAUGUCUCUUGUGUACCACAUCUACAGCCAGAUCCAUGCUAUCUAACCCUAGAUGGUAUCCUGAAGGACCUACACACGUCCUACCCUUACUCAAUCUCACUCUUCCGGGACUUGACCCUAAUGACAUUAGGAAAACAUUGGUAACCUUUCAAAUGAUCUCCACGCUUGUUUCAUUGGUGCCGAUUGUUGACUGUAGUGCUGCCACCUAUGAACUAGACAAUCUGAGUGAGAUCGAGAAAGAAUUGUGUUCUGCCUCUGCUCAGUUUGAGGAUUACGUACUACAGUUCAUGGAUAGGAUGUUUGCACUCAUAGAGAACAGUGCUCAUGAACCAAACAGUCGCAUGGAUACCACUACACAUAGCUACAAACUGAGCCCCGAGGAGCAAAUGUUAGAGAUUGGGCUGCUAUCUACAUUCAACUCUAUACUGCAGCAGAGUUCUACUAAGAUAUACAAGGUUGCACUGAACAAACUGUUCCGGUUUGCCAGUAGUACAGUAUUUGAACUAAAGGUGUCAGGUCGACUGUGUGCAGAUAUGUGUCGUGCUGCAGCUAAGACAAACCCUCCAGAAGCCUUGAAGCUGUUUAUACCUCACUGUGCCAGAGUUAUUAAACAGUUGACGGAGAAUGCAGAUGUCCAGAAAGAGGAGCAUUUAGAUGAUGAGCUACUCUGGAACAUGCAAAUGCUGUCAGAGGUACUAAGGUGCAAUGGGACAGAUAUAUUACCAUAUAAGGAAGACAUUAAGGUGGUUUUACAAAGAACCAUCCACCUUACCUGUAAACAGGGCUAUGAGCUCUCACAUGUUUUACUGCAACACCUCCUUAAGGCGCUAACGAUGAUCUAUCCAUUGGACUUUAGGAGCAUACCUGAAGAUUUCUCACAACCGUUCAAGGAUUAUUUGCCAAUCAGGGAUUGGGGCAAAUCUGCAGACAUCCAUGACUUGAAGAUGGUCUGGCACACACCUAGUGACAGUGAACUAAAGUUUGUACAGGAACUUAUAGAUGCUAUUCUUGUCCCCGAACUACAGGUGAUGGACAGUUUCGUUGCAGGUGAACCUUUAUCAAGGGAUGAUCUAAAAGCAAGGCUGGGAGUAAUACUCAACAUUGUAAUAGGAGCUGGCAAUGAACUGCCCAUGAUAGAAGGAGAAGCUAUACACCUCAUUGACAGCAUGGUACCACUAGGCAGGUGUAGUCAUAUAUGUAAUAUAGGAACAUCACAAUUAACUGCUCAGGGGAAACAUGUACGUCGUAGGAUAGCGGAAACCAUGCAGCCGCUACUAAGUCAUGUUUUAACAAACACAGAAGAUGACACCAAAUCUCUGAUUCACAUAUUGAAGCUCUACAAUGUUGUCAUGUACUUCUAUGGUACUGACAAAUCCGACUUUGAUGGCAGGUGGAGAAGCUUCCAAAUGGUUAAGACCACAACAGAGGAUAAGUUACGAGGAGGAAAGCGUCACAUGAGAGCUCUGAUUGUCGACAGGUGCCAACUGCAGCAUGAACUGCGAGUCGUACAAAAAAGUAACAAGUCUUUCACGCCACUUCAUCUAAGUCUGUUUGAAGACCUUCUCAGGUUAUCUUUGAGCCACUACAGUGAGGUUCGUAAACAGGCCCAGUCAGUGCUGUCAACAGGUUUCCAUCUGUUUGCUUACUCCUAUAGGAAACUACUACCUGAGAUCAUGUCUCAUCUCAAGGUGAAACCAGACAUGGAUGAAGAAAAGGCCCAUGUGCAAUUCAAGGGAGCACUAUAUGUUUUAAACGGUACAAAGCAGCGAAGUCUUAUAUGCAAGCGUAACUGGGAGGUCAUGGAGCAGGUCUGGCCAGAGCUCUGUCAAGCCCAGCACUCAGAGAAACCAUCCAUAUUGAAGAUUAUUGAUGAAAUGGCUGAUAAAAUACACAAGAAUGCUGAGACGUGUGCUGUGAAUAUUGAAACAUCCCAGUCCAGUAUAGAAGCAGCCAAUGCUGUCUUUACAUGCACAAGUCAACCAAACCCAAGUGUAUCUAGUGCUACACAGACCGAGAUAGAGAAAGGGAGACAAGAGGAAAUAAAUAGGAACACUGUUCAAUGGAUUCAGGGGUACUUAAACCUAGUAGAGACUCUGAUAUCUCUUAUAAACAGUGGAAAACUUCGUUGGAAGUUCAGUGAGAUGUCAAUGGAAUUGGUGUCACUGAUGUUACGCUUUGAUGUCAGGAUGCCUGUAAAUGGUGUCAGGUUAUUCAUGAAAAACCUGAUCAGCGAAACUCUCACAGUCAGAAAGCUAUGUGUUAGUUCAGUGGCUGCUAUACUACAGCAGCAAAAACAAAAAUUCAAGAAAGUAGAGAUAGAUCCGUAUGCCCUUAGUGGUACACAGCGCCCCCUGGCGACAGCCCCAAUGAGGCCUGGUGAUCGGGCUGACAACCAGUGGCAUGUUUACAACAAGGACACAGUGCCAACUACAAAGGAAGACUUUGAUAAAACCACCUUGGUUCACAAAACCUUUUGGGGCUACUACGCAUGGCCAAAACACAUGUACACCUAUGCCCCUGCAGCACAACAGCCAAGUUUAGAUAGAAAACUGGAGGAUUUAUCAGAGGAAGAGAAGCCAAUAUUUGAAAGUUUCUCAGAUGCAGACUAUGUGGCAAAGUUUGUGCAUUAUCUAACUCUAGAGGACCAGAAAGGACGCGACAAAUUCAACUCAAAGAACUUUUUACUAUUCAAAGGACUAUUCAGGAAUUUUGGAGAUACAUUCUUGCCUGUGUAUAAACCCCAUGUAGAAAGACUGGUCGCAGACACAGCUCACGACACACAUGACUAUAGCCAACGUGUCGGUGCUGAGAUAAUCGCGGGACUUGUCCGUGGAUCAAAAAACUGGCCUUAUGAAAAAGUGACGGCCAUGUGGGAGUGGCUGUGUCCAGUUUUACGAACUGCUCUGAAUAAUAUGACAGUGGAAACUGUAGAAGAUUGGGGGACAUGUUUCGCGACUAUGUCCCAGGAUCGGGACCCUAGACAGUUUCAUCCCUUGUUUGAACUCCUUAUGGAGGAUCCACUGAGAGGAGUUGGUGGCUCUUUUAAUGAUGCAAGCCGACUCUAUGUACUACAGGGUGUCCUAGCUCAACAGGAGUGGCGUGUGAACCAGUUGCUCCACAGACUUUUGCAGUAUCUUCAACCAUAUCUCACUCAUGCCUAUAAGAACGUCAGAGACAGAUUGGGCAGUGUUUUAACCAGCAUUUUAAUGUACGACUUCCAUGUUCCAUCUGGAGAGAACUUAACUGCACCAAAACGUGAAGAAUUUAUAGAACAACUCAUGCCUAGUCUAACAAUGCUUAAAGAUGUCCAGACAACAAACACCAAUAACCAUCAAGUUAAGGGUGAUGCACCAACUUUAACAAAAGAUGGAGCCACUCCAAUGGAGGUUGAUGAUGUCACAGUGAGUGAUGACAUCAGCAUAGUGGUUGCACCUGCAUUGAAGCCUGAGGACAAUGAGGAAAGGAAAACAGCAAUUAAAUUAUUUAAAACAACCCUGAAAUGGAUCAGUGGUAGUAUGGGACGCAUGCUAUACACCUUACCACCAGAUAUGUUGAAGUUCUUGCCAUUGAUCUGCAUCUAUGUCCAAGACACUACAGAUGAUGAGCUUAAAGCUGAGUGCCAAACUGCCCUACAUUUAAUGGCCCAUACACUCCAGAGAACAGAGAAUGUUCAACAUGUGCUACAUGUCAUUAAAGAGAUAUCUGGACUUGGAAUCUGGCGUGCAAGAACUGCUGUAUUGACGUUCAUCCAGGCAUUUGUCUUCUACAAUCUAUUUACCGUUCUCCAAACAGAACACCUUGACCAGAUCAAGGACAUAGUGCUCCAUCUAUUGGUAGAUGAUCAGCUGGAGGUCAGGGAAGCUGCAGCCGUAACACUUGGUGGAUUUUUACACUGUGGAUACCUUAAGAUUGAUAAACAAAUGCUGACACACUUUGAGAAGCUAAGCAGCACAAAAGUGAAGAAACAGAAGCGUCAGCAACAAGUUCCCAUCUCUAUAGAAUCACUUAUCAAGAGGCAUGCUGGGAUACUCGGCCUGAGUGCACUCGUUCAGGCGUAUCCUUACGAUGUUCCAGAAUUUAUGCCACAAGUUUUAAUGGACCUUAGUAACCACUUAGAUGACCCACAACCAAUUCAGAUGACAGUUAAGAAGACUUUGUCAGACUUUAGGCGUACCCAUCAUGAUAACUGGCAGGA